AUGGCAGACUUCUUGACGGCCGUCAAGUCCGUCAGCGUGAAGCAGAGAAGCGACGAUGCGCCAGCACAACUUCUGCAAGCACUUUCCCGCCCGCCAGUCCAACGACCGACGCCGAUAGUUCUAGCAUACACGGAGCCCCAGAAGCCUCCUCAGCACCCUGGCAGCAUCAACUCACCUCGACACUGCUUGCAAGCGCUCAGGUCCCAGCCAGCCGCACAUGAUCUGAUCGGGAUCCUUGGCAGAAUCUUGAAGCACGACGGCGACUUCGACAUUCGAGCACCGGGUCCAUUGCAGGCACAAAUCAUCAAUACCCUGGUCAGCUCCAUCGUGCCGACAUUCUGCUCGCCAUUGCAGAAAUCCGACACAUCGCUCCUAGUGCGCUGUCUUCGGAGCGUGGCUGGAUCCAAUGCUUUGGUGGCGAGACUGCGCUUCUUACUCGACUCGUCGGAGAAGUCGAAGCCAUCAGAUGGCUCCGCCUCGGAGCUCGAGGCUCUCCUGCUCCUCGCCAGGGAGCUGUUCGUCGGCGAUGACUUCGCUCUCACCAUCUGGACUGGCUUGACGGAGGCUCUGACGGAUGACCGCAAGCGCCACAUGGCAUGCAAGGACUUCAUCGGCUUGAUGGCUUCUGGCAAGCUCACCGCUACCAUCGCCCGUGCUGAAGACACGCUGUCGACGAAAGAUGCAUCGCGAAAGAUCAAACCCAGCCCUUGGCUGACUCGUGGCGCAGAGUAUGCAGCUUGGCUUGGUCGCAAUGUCGAUGCCUUGUGUGCCGGUGGCGAUGAGCAGCGCUCGACUGCCGCUUCUCAGCUACUGAGCCGCGCUUUUGGACUGGGCUACUCGACUCACCUCAUCCAAAGUGUGAUCAUGAGCUCCAUUCGCAAAGCAGUGCAGCGUUCGGAAGCCACGACACGAACACUAGCGGCACUUUCACUAAAUCUUCCCGAGUACGAUCAGCGGCGAUUGCUGGAGAAUGCGUCGAGGUGGCUCUCCGCUAUCUCUGCGCAGCAGGACUCCUCAGAAGAAUUGAUAGCGGCCAUCGCUGCCGUGAUCGAUUCUUUAGCGGCUCCUUCUGCCUCCACGCAACGAGCUUUGUUGGAGCUGCUGUCAGAUCCUGCUCUGCCGAGUGCUUUCUCCUUCGCCGUACGGCGGGCGUGCGUAGCCGUGCUUGCCAAGCUAGGUCCUGACGAGCUUCAGACCCUGCUCGAGAGAAUCCUGACAUGCUUUGGUGACCGCCUCUUCAUCGACCAUGCGCCGAUCGUGCAGCAAGAAUGUGCUGCUCAGGUGCUGCUCCUGUGUGCAGGAUCGUUACAUCGCACUACUCCCAUGGCUGUUCUGAUGACCGCACGGUCUUCAGGUCACAUGCAAGGCGUGAGUAACAGACUCGAUAGCUCCAACAGCAAAUCUAGAUGGCUCGGUAUGGUUGUUGGGACAGCAUUGUCUAAGCUGGUCGACAAGGAAGGAUCCAGGAUGAACUUCGGCACCGAAGACAUGCAGACUGAUGAAGCGAAAUGGUACGGCAGUAUGAUCUCCCUGACGGCUCAUAUUGGAACCAUUGCGGAGUCUUUGCAGUUCCUAGAAGGAUCCAGUCAAGGCGCUCGCAAAGCCCUGCGGCCGGUUGCCAAAUCUGUACAGUUGCCUAUCAUCAAUGGGAAGCGUACAUAUGGACCUGAAAGACCACCGCUGCCAGCUCAGACGGGAGUAGAAGGCGAGAAAGUGACAGAGAUCUUGGAUGACGAGGAUGAUGAAGACGAUGAUCUCAAACCCUAUGCCAAGCCUGACAGCGACCCCGAAGACAGUGACGAAGACGCUACACUCGUCAACCGGAACAAAGCCAGAGCGCCAGUCUAUGUGCGAGAUCUGAUGAGAAUGCUCAAAGACGACAAGGACCACGAUCGCUUCCAGCUAGCGAUCAAGAGCGCUCCAGGCCUCAUCAGAAGGAAGACGGAUUUCGGUGGUGAAGUUCGUGAUCAUGCCGAAGAGCUAGCCUUGAUGCUCUGUGAUCUACAAGACCCCUUCGACACCGAGGACUUCGACGAGCUGAGACUCCAAACCCUCAUCGCCCUUCUCCUCACGGACGUACCAAUCCUCGCACCCUACCUCAGCAAACAAGGCUUCAGCGGCGACUACUCCAUCGCCCAACGCUGCCUUAUCCUCAGCGCUCUCGGCCUCGGAGGUCGCGAACUCGCCGGUUUCAAAGACCAAGACGACCUCAACCCAACACUUCCCGCCAGCACCACUUCCUUUCCCAGCAAACGUCUGCCCGGCCAUCUCCACGCUAUCUAUAGCCCAGGCGACCUCUCAGUGAAGCGUCUCGAAGCCGCUUCCAAGAACCUCGAGCACCGCUUGAUCAAGCCCCUCGCGCUCUCCGCCGCGGACGAGACGACAUCCCACCUCAACGCCGUCAAAGUUCGAACGUUUUCCAGCCGGAUGGAGGUCGAGCGCACGAAACGCAAACCAGCACCGAACCAGCUCGCCAAGGUCUUUGGAGAAUCAUUCUUCUCCCCGCUAGUCAGCAGAUAUCAACAAGAAAUCUCUGCCUACGGCCAAAGCUCCGUCUUCGCCUCUGCACCAUUCGUCGUCGUCACAUACCUCAAAACUCUCGCCCUCCUCUUACACGCUUCCGGGCCCGCGACAUUGAACCUCUCAGACAUCACCACCGUGUUCUGGGACCUCUUACUUUCGCUCCGCGUCCAAGCGAUCUCAAACAUCAGUAUCCUGGAAGCAGUCCUCUUCUCUCUUCUGACACUACUCGAAGUCAACGACGCUAACAAGCAGCGCCUAGCACAAGAAACCCCGAAGCAGCUUAUGGAGACGCAGCAGUGGGUUGAGGUAGUAUUUGAGAGGACAGGCGGUGGACACCUCGUCACAGAUGGGAGUGGGGAGGAGGUGAGGGUUAGGACUUUGGCGGCGGGAGUGCUUGUGAAGACCAGGGAGAGUAUUGAAGGGUAUCAGAAGAUGUUUAUCGGGGGUGGGUAUGCAUGA